GCGUUUCACUGUUUGAGUUUCUGAGGUAAAAAGCUGAAGUUAUUUUUCAGUCGAUACAAUUUAAUUUAAGUACAUUUUCAAGGCGGGAAUACAUUCAUGAAAAGAUACGGGUCUUUCAACAGUCUUGACACAAAUAUGGAAGCAAAAACGUUCAGAAAUGAGGCAAAAAGAUUUCCAAUAUAUGAAGUGCCUAUAUGAAUUCAAUCAGAACAGAAGUAGACUUCUUUCUUACCUUGCCAGGUGAGCCCUGUCAUCACAGAUUUCCCCCGCAUCCUGACAAAACCCAGCUGUGUUGGGUCUCAAAUAGACUUUCACUUUCCUCUCCUCUGCAAACUGCCCCCUAAAUCCAUGUCUCAACAAAGACCUACAAAAUGAGCCGGGGUCAGAGCACAAGCCCAAACAUUUCCUCCAUAGACAAAUCAGGGAACACAAUGGCUCUUCCAAAACUUAAAGCCAGGCAUGGGAUUGCCAGAAAGCCCAUCAUAGCCUCUCUCGCAGGGACCACCAAAGCAGUAUCCUUGUCCCAAAGGCCGCAACCUCCUGCUAAGCCCAGAUCAGAGAGGCCUUUAUCAGCAGGUGGAUCUUACAAACCUUGCACACUUGCUCAGCAGGUUUCAGGUGAGGAGAUGAAAAACCUCAGCAAUCAACAGUCCACUUUCUUUGGAGGACAGAACCGGCCGGAUUCGGGCAGCUGUAAUGACAAUGAGGUGUCAGACUCUGUGAAUUCAGCACAGAAUGGGCAUAAAAGAGUGCAGAGAGGAAAGAGUGAAAAAUUCCGGGAGCCUCAUAAACAUCAAACUCUCUCCAAACACAGCAGCUCUCAGAGUCAUACCAGCAGCGCUGGCUCAAGCACCAUCCAAACUAUCAAAUCCACCUCUGAGCUGAUAAAUGAAGCCAGACUUAUUGCUGGACCUGAGCUGCCAGAUGAGGUUGACCAGCAGAGGGCGCCAAAUGAGACCUUAGCAGACACAUUAGUGAUGGGGCCAACUCAAAGAGACACCUCAGUACCAAAAGAGAAAUGUUCCCCAAGACCAAUGUGCCAUCCACCUGUGUCAUCUGGUGUCUACAAGAUGGCUGAGUCAGUUUUACAGAAGGAUUCUGAUAUUGGCUCUGAUGGUGGAGGACUCAAGGAUCUCUUAUCUCAGGUGACCAAUGAAGAUAUAAUAAUGGCUCGUGGAUGUAGCUUGACUCCAGUUCAGAGACCAGAAAAGACAUCCCAUCAGACCAAAACCAUUCAAGGCCUUUCACUUCUGGCAACCUGGACACCUAAAAAAGAUGCAGAAGGGUAUAAAACCAUCCACCAUUUGUGUACCACUCCUGCUAGUCAAGUCGUGCCUGUUGAGUUACAACUUGCUUCUAGAAUCUGCCACACUCAAAACCUGAUCACUGCAACAGCACAGUUUAACCAGCAGAGGACAGCACUUGGACAUAUUUCUCAUCCUGACACGCAAAGGCUGGUGUGUGAAGGUGUUUCUGUUGAUUCUACUGGGGUUUCAGCACAGACAGACUGCAUUUCCCACAUGCUUAAACAGACGUCAGAUGCUUUGGAGGACUGGCAGAGAAUAGCAGAGUAUUACGUGGAGAGACCAAGGAUUAUGAUGUGUGGACGUGCUGCAACAUUGUGUCCCAGUGAGCUCAGAAUGUUCUGGAGCCCAGCACCUCCUAAAUUCAUCUGUGCCCCCUGUGUUAUGAAAGACACACUUUUCCCCAAAUACCAGAUAACCCAGGCAGACUUGUGCAAAGAGAAUCUGUUGGACGAGCUGCACAAUGUGGAGGAGUCAGUUAGCCAUGUGAUGGACACAGAAAAGGUUACUUCUGAGGAAAAUGUCUCGCCUAUUAAGUGUAAGUCUGUUGCAGACUUCAGAACAACAGCCUCACUGACUCCCUCAUGGUUCAUCUCAGCAGAACAGGCGAGACAACCUCGCUCUGCCCCGCACUUAACCCCAGAUCUUGAGCCCCAUCUUCGGCUGCAGUCCGACUUCACCAGCCUUUCCCAGGAGCUGGAGCAUGUGCGGUGGCAGAACUCAAUCUGCGCAGCUCUGGCCAAAGAAUCCCCAUCCAAUGCCAAACAGACAAAGCCUCAGGAGGUUCACAAAGAGCCCAACUCAUCAGAGCGGCCCUGCCAGGUCCCAAACCACAGGAGAAACAAAGGCAAAGAGAGGGCAAGGGUGUUCCAUUUCAAACGCAGGGCCAAGAAAAGAGGAAAAACACUCAGCUCUGUCAAGAUGGCCUACGUUUGGAAAAAACUGAGAGAGCCAUCACGGACACUGACAAGGAGUGAGUCUCUGUGUCAGUUACCAUGGGAGUCUAAAACCUCCAAAGGGCAAUUUUCACCCCUCCUCUGCCUCAGUCUGCCCAUGCUCCUGGAUUUUGAGGCCUUUGCCACGGAUCAUGGUGGGAUACCUGACACGACACCACCCCGAGAGUGGGUCAGAGACAUAUGGGACACCUGGUUUGAUGAGGUCUUUCCCCCUCUGGAAAAUGUCCAGAGUGCAGGCUCUUUUCCUGGUGGUCUGGAGGAGAACCAACUUCCACAGGAUGAGAUCCAGGAACUGGACAAAGUGGUUUUGGAUGAAGGUCUCAAUACUGUUGAUUUGGAGCAUGAAGUGGCCAAGGUGACCCAAACUUUGACUGAAAGUGGAAACCACAGUGCCUUCGACCGUUGUCGUCGUGGAGCACUUUACAUCAAACUUGGUUAUCUCAACCAGGCCCUUGAAGAUCUCAGUGCUGCCAUCUCCCUGGAGCCCCAUUUACUGGAUGCCUACUGGCACAGACAUCACAUCUACCUGCUGAGAAACGACCCCGAUAGAGCUCUGGACGAUCUAAACGUCAUCAUUGAGAACAACAAGAAGCAUGCAGACGCUUUCACAUCUAUAGCAGAAAUCUACAAACAAAGAGGGGAAACCACACUGGCUCUAUUCAGCUACACCCAAGCCAUCAAAGUCAAGGCAGAUGAUGCAGAGAUCUACUUUAAGAGGGCAAAGAUGUAUGAAAAGAUGGGCGAGAUACUGCUGGCCAUGGAGGACUAUGCCAAAACCUUCACCUUCGACUCUACAAGGACUGAUGCAAUGAUGAUCCAUGGAAUACAGCACUUCAACACCUCCAAAUGGAUGCAGGCCCUGGAAGACUUCUCCCUGCUGCUGAAGCAAGAACCUGGGAAUGCUACAGCCAGAACAUAUAGAGGAAGGAUCUAUUCCAAGCUGGGUCAGUUUGAGAAAUCUAUCGAGGACUUUUCUCUGGCUGUGCACUUGGAUCCCAGCAGCUGGUUGGCGUUUUACCACAGAGGGUCUCUGCUGAGGGAGAUAAUGCCUCAUAUAGCCUUAAGGGACCUCAGCACAUCCGUUCUCAUCAAUGACAGUGCAGAAAACCUGAGUGCAUUCCUGCACCGCGGUCUGGUCUACAUGACGCUCCGGCGCUGGCGGCAGGCUAUGGCUGACUUUGAAGCUGUGAUCAAACUUGACAGUCACAGCAGAUUUGCGGCUGUUGCCCACGUCAGUUUGGGACUGAUCUGUAUGCUGAAUAUGGGCCGACAAUAUGAGGCCAUCAGAAGGUUCAGUAAUGCAUUGAAGGAGGAACCUACCUAUGUAAAAGCCUACGUAUGCCGGGCCAGAGCCUACUUCAACGUGAAUAAUCUGAGUAGAGCAGUGAAGGAUUUGACUCGAGCCAUCCAUAUAAAGCCAGACGCUUAUGAUCUGCACGUCAUGCGAGGGAAGUACUUGUAUGAAAUGAAACAGUUUGACCUGGCUACCCUCUGUAUACGGUACGCAGCGGAAAUGAAAACAGCUCUGGGUUUAUCACCGGUCCAGCAAGCUGUCGUCCAAUCGUUCCUGGGGAACUAUGCCAAUGCUGUCAUCUGUCUCGAGGAAGCAGUCGAUACGUGCCCUUCUCCUACACACCUCAUUCUUCUCGGGAGGACGCUGAUGAGGGAGCAACGGUUCAAAGAAGCAGUGGAGAGUUUCAGAAAGGCCCUGUCACUUCUGGGUACCAAUAAAACUAAACUCAUUACUUCACAAGAGGCUGCAGAGGUCCUCUAUCUUAUGGGCAUAUGCUACAUGAAACAAAUGCUUUUGUUACAGGAGAUUGAAGACUUUCUUCUCCUCCAUGCUUUGGAUGCUUUUAACAGCGCUGUGAGCAUGAACCCAGACCAUGCUGAGGCUCACCAUCAGAGAGGACUGUGCCGCGUGCAUCUACAAGACUCCACAGGUGUGCAGGACUUUAACAAAGCACUCCAAAUAAACCCCAAACUCUAUCAGGUGCAUCUCAGUCGAGCUGCCCUUUAUGGGGCUCAAGGACGAUAUGCAAAGGCUGUACUCGACUGUAAUGAAGCUAUCAGGAUCCAGCCCAAGAGUGUCAGAGCAUACUUGUAUAAAGGAGCUCUUAAAUUCUAUUUGAAAGCAUACAAGAGUGCAGUGGAGGAUCUGGCGAUGGCAAUCCAGAUGGACAGUACCUGUUCAUUUGCUUACUACAACCGCGGCAUAUGUUUUCAUGAGCUGCGGGAUUAUGAACUGGCUCUCAGAGACUAUAGCAUUACGCUGCUCUUAGGCUGUAAACCUGAGCUUGAGCUGAAAGUCGUGAUAAACCGUGGCCUUCUUUAUGUGGAGCUGAAUGACUAUGGAAGUGCCCUUCAGGACUUUAAGGCUGCAGCACAGAAACAACCAGAGGAUGUAAUAAUUCUUCAUGCGCUGGGAGUUAUUCACCACAGGCUCGGCCAGUUACAGGAAGCUGUGGAUGCUUACAGCCAAGCUUUAAGACUUGAUCCCUUCUUGCAAGAUUCCCAUGUGGGCAGAGGCAAUGUUUUCAUGGAUUAUGGGCACAAUCACGCCAGGAAACAAGCCCAGAGGGACUUCCUCUCAGCCCUGCAUCUCAAUCCACUCUGUUCAAGUGCCCGCAUUAGCCUGGCAUACAACUUACAGGUUUUGGGAUUCUUCCAGAGAGCCUGGAAUCAGUUCACUGUGGCUGUAGAGGUGAACCCUAAAUGCUGGGCGGCGUAUGAAGGCAGAGCUGUUACCAGCCUACAAAUGGGCAACAUGUUUGCAGCCCUGCAGGACAUAAACACUGCUAUAAAGUGUAACCCUCAUGCAGAGCAGCUCUUCACAAACCGAGGUCUGAUCCAACAGUUCAUGGGAGAUAAAGCUAGUGCCAUGAAGAACUACCAGACCGCUAUCAGCCUCAACCCGGAAUAUUCCCUCGCUUACUUCAAUGCUGCCAACCUCUUCUUUUACAAUGGACAGUUUGAGCAGGCAUGUGAGUACUACAGCCGAGCUAUUGAGCUGGACCCCUCAGAUGAGUCUGCCAUCCUGAACCGAGCCAUCACUCACGCUCUGCUGCGGAAGGUCCCAGCAUCCCUGCAGGAUUUCAAUGAGGCUCUCUGCCUCAACCCGCUGUCUGCACAUGCCUACUUUAACAGAGCCAACCUGUACUGCUCUCUCAGACAGUUCCAAUCAGCCGAGAAGGACCUUACGCAAGCUUUGAUGCUGCAGCCUGGAGAUGCUCUUCUCUAUAAACUGAGGGCUGAUGUUCAGGGUCACCUGGGAUGGAAGGAGCAGGCGCUGGACGACUACAGAAUGUCGGUGGAGCUUCAGGACUCAAGAUGCUGCUCAGGGUCGGAGAAUGAUCAAAAUGAAAUUUUUGCUUCUUAGAUUAUUAGAAUUAGCUAAUGCAAUACAGUUUUUGAACAUUUUUGUUGCAUGCAAUCAGUUUAAAUUUGUUAAAUGUGAGUUUGAAAGUACAUUAAAGAAAUUAUUGAAUGUGUGGAAAACCAAGAUCCAGAUUGACAAUUUAAUUUGAUUGUUUGUUUUUUUUCCCCAUCAUCCAUUUCCAUCUUUUAUAAUACUCAGUUUUUAUUCUUUAUUUCUUAUUAUUCACCAGACAAAUAUCAUUAGCAAAAAUUAAACAGUGUAGUAACUUUAAUUGUAGAUUUUUAUUAGUUUUUAUUUGUUUAAAUUUAGUUUUUUUUUAGAUAUAUUAAAUUAAUUAAAUAAUAAAUUAGUUUGUAGCUAAAUUCAUGUAAGUACAUCAUCUUUUUGUUGAAAAGGCUUCAUUGCAUUAAAAAUAUUUUUCAAUUUAAUUCAUAUUUUAUGACAUUUUAUAUUGAGUGAAUAAGCCAUGCAUAACUUAUUAAAACAAGGUUUGCUGUCUGUAAGAUUUUUUAGGGUUUCUAAAAGAAGUUUCUUUUGCAUACCAAGGCUGCAUUCAUUACAUUCAAAGCACAGUAAAAAACAAAAAUAUUGUGAAAUUUUAUUACUAUUUUUAAAAACUAUUUUCUAUUUCAAUAUAUUUUAAAAAGACAUUUAUUCCUGUGUUGCAAAGGUGAAUUUUCAGCUUAUUACUCCAGUCUUCAGUGUCACAUGAUCCUUUAGAAACCGUUCUAAUAUGCUGAUUUCCUGCUCAAGAGAUAUUUCUUAUCAAUGUUUUUGUGAAAAUAUUGUGAUAAAUUUUUUAGGAUUCUUUGAUGAAUAGAAAGUAAAAAAAAACAAAAAAAAACAGCAUUUAUUUGAAAUA